GAAGGAGCUAUCGCAAAUUGAACUUUGAGCCUGCCCUGUUGGUCGCAUGGCACCUUCCUGCCUUUUCUGCUCGCUGCUCUUGCUGAGUCAAUAGCUUGAAAACUUUCUGACAAUCGUAAAUAAUUGGCAGGACAGUUCUUCAACCCUCCAUCCCUCAUCUUCACCAUCGCGCACGCCUUUUUACUAUCUCAAAACGCCUUCAAAACAAACUCAAACGCCUCUUCAUUUCAAAGAUACCGAAGAUGUCUGUCGUCUCUCUCAGAGCGGCGUUGAAGGUCAGCGGACUGGCCUGGCCUGGCCGUGACGCAGUUGGGACCACAAAGUCGAGAAGAUACUGGCGGAGUUGAGGGUGCCCGCGGGCAAAAAGCACAUGGUGAAAGCGAUCACCAAAAUGGUCGAGGAGGCGACCGAUUUCGCGCGCAGAUUGCACGACGAGCCGGAGGACCACUUUGGCUUCGUCGAGAUGUUCGGUGCCCACUCGCGCCUGGGGGUUGCGCUCGCUCGUGCGUCGCCUGCCGUUGUACAGGUGUUUGAGAACCUCUCCUUCGCGGUUGUGAUGGCUCGCCAUCGGUACUUGGAGGAUUGCUUCGAGUACGACAAGGAACCCGUCAAGGAGUUCCAGCUCUCUGCCCUGGACAAGGCCAUUGGCCAGUUCAAUGGGGCCGUGAGGGGCUUUUGGUCCAAUACCGAGCUGGAGCUGUACAUGAACGAGGCGGCGGACGAUGUCGAGAUCUUUGAGGAGGAAGAUGGCGCCACUACUGGCAGCCAGCAAGAUGUGGAGAUGGAGGACGUUCGUGCUGGUGUUGAGGGCAUGAUACUCAACAACACGCAGGAUGUGGAGAUGGGGGAUGUUAAUGCUGCUGGUGGUUCGUUUAGAGAUCGCAUUUGAUGACACAUGGUUCUUUCAGUUUCAGCAUUGGCAUUGUUUUGCUUGAUGGUCUCUUUUCGUUCAAGGCGUUCAUUCAGGUUCACAAUGGGCAGCAUAUUCUGGAGUUGAGGCAUGGCUUUCUCUGUCUUUGGCACCGGAUUGGUUGGCGCACUAGGGAUAGGAGCAUUGUUUCGUUGCUAUGAGUUUCAGGAGGCGUUGACUUCUCAGGCUAGCACAUCAAUCGAUUGCUGAUGCAGCCUUUACCUUGAUCCUUUUACUCGUCAAGCAAGUGAAAUCAUGUCGUGUCACCAACCCCU